GCACCGGCCCGGCCCGGCCCGGCCUGCAGAGUCAGGAAUAAUGAAUGGCUCCGAGCUCGCCAGCACGACAGCCUCCAGUCCCAAAUCCAAAGAGGACCAAGUGGUGAACGGCCACGAUGAGAAGGAGAACAACCCCUUUGCUGAGUACAUGUGGAUGGAGAAUGAAGAAGACUUCAACAGACAGGUGGAGGAGGAACUGCAGGAGCAGGAGUUUCUGGACCGCUGCUUCCAGGAGAUGCUGGAAGAAGAAGACCAGGACUGGUUCAUUCCAUCGCGCGACCUGCCCCAGGGCAUGGGGCAGCUGCAGCAGCAGCUGAACGGCCUCUCCGUCACUGAUGGCCACAGUUCAGAGGACAUCCUGAGCAAAAGCAACUUGAAUCCAGAUGCCAAGGAGUUUGUGCCCGGCGUCAAGUACUGAAGCCAAGGCUUUGGAAGGACUGUGCCCCUGCUGCAGGGAAGGUGGCAGGGGCCAGGAGAGGAGGGGGCAGCCGCAGCUGGACUCUGUGCCCCUGGGGAGUUGCUGCGACCUGGCGAAGCCUUUGCUCUACGCUUCAAGUACCUUUGGGGAUUUUUCCCUUCCUCUUUGGUUUUUCUUUUCUAUGUUUUGUUUUGUUUUAAUCUCUUCUUUUGUAUCAUUUAGCACCUUUUUUUCUGGGGGGGUGGCAGGGGUGGCAGGUUUUGCUUUCUAGGACUUGCAGCCCUUAGGUCUGGCCUGCAGUCCAGCACACACACACACCCCCUCCCCUUGCUUCAGAGGCCCAUUUGGGUGCGUGCUUCAAUGCUGCUAGUGGUGGUGGUGGGGGAAAAAAUCCAUGUUUCCUUGUUUAAAUCCAAUUGGUAAGGAUCCUGCUGUACCCCUCACUUGCUCCCCUCCCCCAGGCAGCAAAGCAGGGCCAGGAGCUGUGCUUGGCUUUCCCUGUUUCUGUUAAACCAGGUUUCUAUUUUUUUUGGCCGAAGGGAAGGUGAAGUGUAACGAGAUGGUAAAGCCUGAAUUCCUCCAAGCUCCCCAGUAAGUGCUGAACACUAACUCCUGUCCUUCUGAGCUGGUAGCUCAGCGUCCUGCCUGCUUGAAUUAGUUGUGGGAGCUCUUAGGGGGAGACCAGACCCAUCAGACAUCCCCCCCAAGGGAAGGGCUGCUUUGACAAAACAUGUCUUCUCCUGAAGGAAUUACCCUUCCCCAGCUCUGGAGCUUAUCCAGCACUACAGGCUGCUGCUCUGAGUUAGUUCUCAUUGACAUAAAUCCAAGAAAACCUGAAUUAAACCCAUUUCUCAGGCUUGUGGCAGAGAGGAGAGGUGGGGAGUGGUGUCAAGAAGACUCCCCAGGAGCAGGAUCCUCUGUCAGGAGGAGUCUGAGCCCCAGGGAGCACCCACAGAGAAGGUGAUGGACAGCAUCGUCUUGCUGGUCCCCACCAUCCCUUUUGCUGAGGCUCUGUCAGGAGGAGUCUGAGCCCCAGGGAGCAACCCAGAGCAGUGUUUUCCUGCUGGUCCCCACCAUCCCCUUUGCUGAGGCUCUAGUGAGCUGUUGAUGAGGAGAAUCCUUGCCUCUCUUGGGUGAACUUCCCCUUGGGGACCUCUUUCUCCAUGGGCAAAAGGUGGCCAGGCUUCAGUUCCCUAAACCAGGGCCCUGGGUGGUUUAAAUCUUGUGCCCAAUGGGCUGCUUUGAAGAGCAGGAAUCAAUCCAGGGAAAGCCUCCCGGUGAGGCCCAGCCAUUAAAACAGUCCCUGGCACCAGUGAUGCAGAGGGCAGCUUUUACUCAGCCGUGUAAAUCUCACCUCCACUUCCUUCCAACGUUCCCUUAAACGGAGUGCUUAAUGGAGGGGGAGCAGGGGUCCCCUUGGGGCUGGCAGAGAUGGAAGCUAAUGGCCAGGCCACGGCCCAGGGCUUGCUGCAGCUCCAUUAGCUUGGCACCAGGGGGGCUGGGGGCUAUGAACACGAAGGAGGAGCAGAGGUUGGAGCUGCUUGAACUCAGCCACUCUCUGUGCCAUGCCCUCCCUACCCCCACAACUCUCCUCUCUGCCUGCCGCUCCCAAAACCAGCAGCCAAGCCUGGCACUGCUGCAGCUGGAGUGGAAGGGGCCUGAUUGAACCAGGGCCUGUCUGAAAUAUCACUGCCCAGGGGCAGUUUGGGUUGAAUUCUCCUCUUUUCUGGUACAACCCUUCACCUCCCACUGCUGGAGGCUCCCCCUGUGCCCAGGGCUUUGCAGGAUAUGAUCCAGUGCACAGUGCUGGGCAAACACCUUUGGUAGUGGUAGCAGUUUUCCCACCACCUUUCCUCUGGUUUCUAUUUGAUUUCUUACCCCCAAAAAAUCCUCCCUCUCCCCUCCACAAUGUGCUGUAAAUAUCAAACAUUAUUAAAAAUAAACUUU